GCGCUCGUCUUCCCCGCCGCCACCAGUGACCUCCUCCCCGCGCUCGUUCACCGCGGUCCUCCUCCUCGUGCCGCCACUCUUCUCCCGCGUUUGGCCUCACUGUCAGGUUCUUCCUCCGCGGCGCUCUGCGGCUCUCUCCGGCGACUGACGUGCCGGCGGUGAGGCGAGGGCAGGGAGGCGGCGGCGGGCGACAUCUGACUGAUGAUGACCGAGGGAAGAGGCUACUGCCGAGAUUCGGGCGAGUUGGGCCAAGAUCUUUGGUGCCGGUGAUGUGCCAAACUCUGUGGGAGAAAGCCAACUUUGAUUCGAAGCUUGGUCUCACCGGGCUUAUAUCUGUGGAAGAAGUUGUCGCAAACAGGGCUUAUAUCUCGUCCCCGCGCAAGGCUAGUCCCGAUCUCGCCGGUUUGUGACGGCGGUGGAAGCAGAUGAAUAAGCUGGCGGAUGCCUCUGGAACCCCCUCCUUCCGGCGGGAAAAGUGGCUGUCGGGGACCACCGGAGUCCUAAUCCCCUUCCGGCAGGCGGCAAAGCGACCGAGCGCCCUUCGCCAUCCGCGCCGCCACGGCUCUUCCGCCCAGAUUCGAUCACAGGAAGCGAAGCGAAAGUACUCGAUCGUAUGCUUCGAGGCUCUAACCAACUGCUAUUGGGGGGCCAAGCGCGCGCGCUCGGCUCUCGGCGCUGGCCGCUCCAGCUCUAAUAAAAGUGGCGGCAGCAGCAGCAGCACCUGCACAAGAAGGGACUGGGCGAACCUUGGGGACGGGCCAGCUGGACUGAUCGCCGAGAUUGCCCUUGCCAGCGAUGUAGCCGACUAUGUCCGCUUCCGCGCCGUGUGCAAACCGUGGCGGCAGUGCUCGCCAGACCCGCGCGCCGGUGGCGGCCUGGACGCUCGCUUUCUACCCCGCCGGUGGAUUAUGCUUGACAAAGCACUCGCAGGGUCCUCCCACCAUCGCUUCCUCAACGUGUCUACCGGCGAGUGCAUUCGGAUGGGCCUCCCGGAGCUACUGGAGGGGGAGCACAGGUUUCUCAAGGUCACCCCCGAGGGCCUCCUGCUGCUUUUCCACAAAUCCACAAAGAUUGCUCGCCUGCUUAACCCGCUCACGCGCCAGCUCAUUGAUCUACCCCCUUUGACCGCAUUCGUGCGAGGUGGAGACUGUGACGAGCGGCAACAACGGGGUCCUUUUGUGCAGACCGUUGGCCUCACUGAGGACUCUACAGUGGCAGUCUCCUUCUGCUAUCCCAUGAAGCUUGCUUUUGCUAAGCCUGGUGACGACAAUUGGACUGUGGUAAAUGAAGGAUACAUAGAUUCAGCUUUGCCUUUUGCGGGGCGUUUCUACUGUGCCACCAACAGAGGUAUCAUGGUGCUGAAUAACACUUCAGAGCAGCAGCAGCAGCCACCACGGCUGACAAUGGUUGCUGACCUGAAUAAGUCAUUUAUUUAUUUUUCCCGAAUGAUGCAUAGCCUUCACCUGGUGGACAAUGGUGGAGAACUCAUGCUGGUGCACCGAACUAUUGGCCAGGGCAAAUGCAGGGAGUAUGAUGUUUAUAGAUUGGAUUUCGAAGCUGGGAUCUUGAUCCCAGUCAAGCGCCUCAAUGGACGUGCCGUGUUCAUGGGCAUGCAGCGCACCAUUUCGGUAUCAGUAGAGGCAUUUCCCUAUGUCAGUGCUGAUACCAUCUAUUUGGGAUAUGGAUGUGAUAGAAACACUGAGGAGUACAAUAUUGCAGAUGGAAGCAGAUACAGUCGGUCUAGGAUCUAUGAUGGAUCGGUAUCCCCAGAUACCAUUGUCCAAAGUCUGAUCUGCUACUGCAUCAAGGACAAGGACAUAUAGGCUGCUGAAAAUGCUGGGCACUUGUCACUACUGUCGAAACUCACCGGCUAGUUUCUGACACAAUUCACUCUACUAUUUCUCGUUCUGAGACGGGAUUUAUAGCUAUGGUGGUUCAUUGUCUAAACAAAAUUAACAUGUCGAUAUACAAGUAUAUGAAUUACAAAGCAUAAUUAAAAAAAGGACAUAUAGAGUUCAUAAAGUGAGUCUACACUUUCUUAACAUAGAAUUUAAAUAUUGCGUACUCAUAAUAGUUGAAGAACAAUGCGUCCACUACUUAUCAGGCUUGCACUUUUGUAAUCUAGGGCUUAAUCACUUGAUACAGAGAGAGACAAACGUGAUAGAACUUGAG